AUGGGGGCACUAAUUGAUACGGUCAAGGAGGCGGUGGUGGGAGCUGUGAGAGCGGAGCUGGCUGCAAACAAGGAGGAGAGGGAUGAGUUGCAGCACAUGUUGACUGCGGUGGAGGAGAGGAAUUAUGCAACUGCUUCUCUAGUGGAGGAGUUGGCAGCAGUGAGAGAGGAGCUGGCUGGAUAUAAGGAGGAGGUGAAAGAGCUGCGGCUAAAGCUGACUGCUGUGGAGGAGAAGAAUGAGAUGACUGCUGCUGUGAUGGAAGAGAGGGAGGGAGAGCUGGCAGCAGUGAAGCGGGAGUUGGCUGAGCACAAGGAUGCUCUCAAGAAGUUGGAUGAUGACCUGCAAAUAAGCCAUAGUGGAGGCGAUGAAAAGACGGCGUGGGAGGCUAUCAAGUCAGCAUCACAAGCAACCCACCUGGACCUGCAGGGUUGCAAAGGCAGAUAG